ACAUCGCAUAAGGGGAAUCCUUAACGUACAUCAAAGCACGUGUUUAUAUAUCAUAUUUUUAUUCCUGUUCGUAAAAGUUUUUUAACUCCUAUUCCGUCUUUUAUUAAAAAGUGAUUUUUCGCAUGUCAUGAUUUUAAGAUUAAGAGAGGAAAAAAAAUUAUAUAUUUGCUAAUCAGCAAACUUCCCUGUGAACUGUUUUCCCCCCGGCGUUUUGUUUCAAGUGAAGUAUCAGUGUUUAAGGUACGCGCAUAGCUAAAGAAAAAAUCUCCGUCUCAAGAGUUCUUUAUAAAAAAAUCUGUUGUUCUUUUCAUGAAAAGGGUUAUUGUCUCAAAAGAGGAUGAAGUGGUUUUCGAUUCGUGCAGAACAAUAAGAUUUUUUUGUUAAGAGAUAACGUCGAGUUAAGUUUUCGUUUUUCUUUUUUGUUUUGUUACGUGGUGCGUUCGUUCGUUGCAAUCGACGCAGUGUGUUUUUCUUUAUUUUGUGGGUGGAUUGUGUAAAAAAAAAUUAUUUUUGAAGUGAUCUUUUUGUUUCGUGAAUAAUAACCUUUUCAAAUUUUUUAUCAUGAUGAGUUUGUUAAUAUCGAAAAAUUUUGUAGUGUUUUUUAUCGUUUUGUUCGUACAACAAUUGACUACGAUGUCACCAGGAGUGUAUGCUGCAAUUACCUUGUCUCGCGGAGGGACUGGUGCUACAAAGUUUGACGGAGAAGAGACAACUAUGGCGCCGCGGUUUGUCUCGCACAGUCAGACGUUCCGGGCUGUCAUUGGGGACACUCUGGUUCUUCCUUGUGAAGUUGAACAUUUAGGUUCAUUUGUGUUAUUAUGGCGUCGAGGUAGUUCUGUAUUAACAGCUGGUGCAUUAAUGGUGACACGUGAUAAACGUUUUAAAUUAUUAAAUGGUUAUAAUUUAGAAGUAAGUGAAGUUGGUCCACAAGAUGCUGGUGAUUAUGUAUGUCAAAUUGGUGAUCGUGAUAAUCGUGAUCAAAUUCAUACCGUGGAAAUUAUGGUACCUCCAAGUGUCCGUACCAGUCCAGCUAGUGGUCAAGUUACAGCUCGUAAAGGUGGUUCUGUAACAUUGGAAUGUAAAGCAUCAGGAAAUCCGGUACCAUCUAUACGAUGGACACGAAAAGAUGGUGCACCGAUCGGUUCUGGUGGACAACGUGUUCGUGAUGGGUUUAGUAUCACAUUAGAUCAUGUUGAUCGUCAUCAAGCUGGUGUUUAUCAGUGUACAGCUGAUAAUGGUGUGGGUCAACCGGUUACCGUUGACAUGCAGUUACAUGUUUUAUAUCCACCCGAAAUAAGUGUUGAAAGAUCAUGGGUACAUUCUGGUGAAGGUUUUGAAGGCCAUUUAGUGUGUAUUGUAUAUGGUGAUCCACCACCAGAGGUGGAUUGGCACCAAGACUCCUUCCCGUUAGAUCCAUCCGAACGUCGUAUAAUGGAAAAUCGUGGAAACCGACAUACAUUAACAAUCAAAAAUUUACAAAGUUCAGAUUUUGGAAAUUAUAGCUGUGUAGCAGAUAAUUCAUUAGGACGUGCUAAAAAAUAUAUUGAAUUAUCCGGAAGACCUGGACCAGCGGAAUUUCGUAGUGAGCCGUACAGUCGAGCACGCGAUUCAUACAAUUUAACAUGGAUUGUUCAUAGUUAUUUACCAUUGGAAGAAGUACGCCUAUUAUACCGUAAAAUUAAUAUCAACGAUACACAUCAAACCCCUGGCAAUUGGCAUGAUGUUAUGUUACCACCGGGUGGUUCAAUUGAUGGAUCCACACAUACAAUGUCAUACACAAUACGCGGCUUACAACCUGCCGCUGUGUUUGAAGCUGUCGUACAAGCAAAAAAUCGUUAUGGCUGGAAUGAGGUAAGCGAUUUACAUCAAUUCUUCACCCGCGGCUCCGAACCAGAACUUGCUGAUAUGGAAUUAAUAGCGCGUGCAAAUACAAAUGCUGCAGUGACCACAUUAAAAAUUAAUAUCAAUCAAUAUAUUGUAUUGAUUUUAUUUCCAUUCUUGUGUUUUAUUAAUCAAGUAAUUACUAGGUAACUCUUUUUUAUGAUGA